AUCACUGCUGUGUUGUAUCAUCACUGCUGUGUUGUAUCAUCACUGCCGCGCGGCUCAGCUCGCCUAUUGUUGGUUAGUUUGGAGCGGAGCGGAGCACCAAGCAGUCCCAGCAUCCUCCUCCUCCUCCUCCUCCUCCUCCUCCUCCCCUCGCUGCAGGCGAGCGACAUCCUGCAUGCCGCAUCCGCGCUCAACUUGCGCGCCCGCCUGCACUUGGACUCGCAGCAUGACGACCGGUUCGGGGGCACCUUGCAGCCGAGUGCCUCAGGAAUGGUGGGGACUGCACAGCCGCAUCCCGCGGAGCAUGUAAACGUUUGGGAUUUUACUGCCACAAAGGGGGAACGAUGAGCAUCUUCUGGCUGUGUUUGCUCCUGUGCGCCGAUCUCCUCCAUUUAUCCCUGGGAUACUUGACCGUCACCAUCGAGCCGCUGCCUCCGGUGGUCGUGGGCGAGACCGUCACCCUCAAGUGCAACUUCAAAACGGACGGACGACUCCGGGAGAUCGUUUGGUAUCGGGUCACAGACGGAGGCACCAUCAAGCAGAAAAUCUUCACCUACGAUGCCAUGUUCAAUACCAACUACUCCCACAUGGAGGACUACCGCAGGCGUGAGGACCUGGUCUACCAGUCCACUGUCCGGCUCCCAGAGGUCCGCAUCUCGGACAACGGACCUUACGAAUGCCACGUGGGAAUCUACGACCGGGCAACACGGGAGAAGGUGGUCCUGGCGUCAGGGAAUGUUUUCCUCACCGUCAUGUCUCCUCCAAACAACAUCUCGGUGGUGGCGGAGAACACGCCGGCCCCGUUUAGUCGAUACCAGGCCCAGAACUUCACUCUGGUCUGCACCGCCAAGGGAGGGAAGCCGGCACCGUCGGUGUACUUCAAGCGCGAUGGCGAGCUGAUCGAGGUCAUCUCCUACAGUCAACCCUCCUCCGGCGAGCAGCAAGGCGGCGCUUCGGCGGGGUUUCGAGGCGCCAGGCCGCUCAUCAGCCGGGACCUCGACGAGACCAAGAUGCAGCGCUCCCUCUCCCUGCUGGAUCCCGAGAGCCGCUCGGCACGCUUGUACACCGAGGGGCCCCAGCGCGUGCACACUCAGGGCCAGCAGGCCUCCGAGCCCAGCCCCGCCACCGAGGUUAUCCCCGAGACGGUGGUGAGCCGAGAGUUCCCCCGAUGGGUCCACAGCACGGACCCUCUCUACUACUUCAGUCACACUCACAUCCCGCAAAGUGACGGCUCGGUGGUGGUGCAGGCCCGACUCACCUGGACCCUCAACCCCCAGCUGGAUAACGACGCCCUGUUCAGCUGCGAGGUCAAGCACCCGGCGCUCUCCAUGCCCAUGCAGACCGAGGUCACGUUAGCCGCCCCUAAGGGCCCCAAGCUCUUCAUGACCCCCAGCAGGGCCAAAGUUGGGGACACAGUGCGCAUCACUGUGCAAGGAUUCCAGGUAGGACCUCGUGGGAACGAGGUGUUCCCGGAGCCCCUGUUUACCUGGACCCGCGUGGGUGGGCGCCUCCUGGACGGCAGCAGCGAGCGAGAGGGCAAGGAGCUCAUCCUGGAGAGAGUGCCGGCCGAGCUGAACGGCUCCAUGUACCGCUGCACGGCCCAGAACCCUUUGGGCUCCACGGACACGCACACCCGCCUCAUCGUCUUUGAAAACCCGAGCAUGAUGAAAAACACGCAGAGCCAGAACAACGCAGCGUUCCACAAGGAUGUGCUUGGCCUCCUCACGUGGAUGCUGCUGGUCGUUACAGUGACCGUGGAACUGACGUGAAAACUCUCUCACUCGCACACACACACACACACACACACUUGCCCCUCCUACCCCACGCACUCGCACACACACACACACGCAUUUCGAAAGCGAGCAAAACACGGGCGUACGUCCCGCGGCCCCCGCAGGUGUUCUCCAGCCAUCCACAGAACACAUCUGGCGGCCAAAGCCACCCGAUGGCGCUCCUCCCAUUUUUGUAACGGAAUAAUAACCAAGCUAAAAGAACGUGACGACUUUCUCCCGUUUCCCCCGGUUACAUAUUUUUGUUUGGUGUGUCCUUGUCCCGCAUCUGCCUGUUGACCAAUAAAGUUAGUUGAUUGAAAACCGGAAAGACGGCAUUGGGAUGAUAUUUUUCUUUUAACGAGUCUAAGCCGCAUCGCUUUUGGCUGUGGCGCCAAAGAAAGGUCGCCACGCCCAUCUGCCGGAUAUCCCAGGAUGCUCCAGUUCAGCACUGAGAGGUGGGCG